AUGCUGGAGGAAGGGGCGAGGAAAGACCUCGUGUUUCUUCUGCUGCUCAUCGCCGGUGCGCGAAGUACCAUUAGCUCGACGCUGAUGAUCCGUUUUGCAAACGCUUUCCGCAAAGUUCGGGAUGAUUACGCUGUGAAUCAUACGGACCAAGCGCACACAGGCGAGGUCGAACCAGCCGACUACCAACGAUUUGGUGCUCUCCAACAAAUCGCCCAAUCGCAGUUGAAGCGGCAUUGGAAAAGAUAUCGAACAGUUGGCGAGGAAAAGAGUUUCCGGAAACUUCGAGUGGAACUGCCAAGAAGCCGACCUUCUAGAGACUUCAAAAUCAUGCAGAAGAUGAAGUCGAGUGCCAGCGUUGUUGAAGGCAUUUUGGGACGGCAUGGCCAUACGCUGACCGACCUGGAGGACAUAACUCUCGAAACCGAGAGUUUGGUUUGCUCAUUCGAAGAAGCGGCGACUCCCGCAGAGAGGGUCGUCACUUCGCUGCCUAUCAUCAUCCAGGCUGUGCACAACGUUGAGAUGGCUCUCGCUCCUCUCCUGUCCGCUGUGGAGGAUUUUCUUGGAAGCGAGCCUCUCUUGCAGCCUGGCGAAGUGGAACGUUGUUCAUACGAGAUUCCUGCUGGGGGAUGCGCCUUUUGUACAGAAAGUCCGGGUUCGGUUUGCUUGCCGUUUCAAGCCUUCGGCGUGAGCCUGUUGCAUGGCAUGUGCGAGGGUAGAGCAGGAGUCACCCCAGACGUCCUGCUUGAAGAGUUGGGUGACCCUUCGCAGCCAAUUAGGGUGCUCAGCACGAACAGCAAGUCUGGUGAGAUGUUCUUCAUAUCCCAUACGGGAAAGUUCAUCAUCAAGAGCAUCUCCGAUGCAGAGGGCAAGGGUUUAGAGGCAAUUCUUCCAAGUUACAUCAGUCAUCUUGCCGGAGAAGAAGGGUCCAUUCUGGGACUUUAUGUCGGCCUCUACCGGAUCGACAUGGGUUCUGGCCUGGGUCAGCGCUAUUUUACCAUCAUGCGGUCCGUGUUUGAUUCCCCUGUGCAGAUGACCAAGAUGUAUGACCUCAAAGGGUCGACGCACAAUCGGAAGGUGAAGGACGCUUCCGAGCGCGUACGCAAAGACGAGGACUGGAUCUCCGACAAAUGCCGAUUGAUGGUGUCGCCCGAAGAUGUGGCGAGACUUGAGAAAAUGCACGCACGAGAUACCGCUUUUCUCAGUGAGUUUUCCAUUAUCGACUUCUCCGUGCUCAUCGGAAUUGCUGAGAUCCCUGAGCCGAGUGAGAUCCCAGAUCACGCCUGGCAAAGCGUGGACAAGUCGCAGUGCUACUUCAUCGGUAUCGUGGACGUGCUGAUUGAAUAUGGUCUCCGGAAGCGUCUCGAACAUCUUCUCCACACUGUCAAAGGCGUUGGUCAGACGGCAAGUGUGACAGAUCCCAAGAACUACGCCAAGCGGCAGCGCCGUUUCUUCCGCGAACACGUGCUGCCAGGCUAUGAAGGCAUGCUACUCGACCA